UUGCUUCACUUUCAUCCACUUCUCUUAAAAAUUCGGCCAUUGUUGGUAUAGUCAAAAAAAAUCUGUUUGCUUGGGGUUGUGGCAGAACAUAUGGUGCUUGCGGUAAUAAAACUAAUGGUACUUGUUGUGAUGAGGACAAUAAAGCUACUGGAAAUGAUGAUAACAGUGCAGUAAUGAAGAUAAUGGUGUUGGUAAUAAUUAAGCUUGUGAUUGUGGUGAUAGUACUUGUAAAAACAGUUGUGAUACUUGCAAAGAAGAGGAAUAUAAUUUUUUAG